AUGAGGGAGUUGGAAUUAGGGAGGGAGAUACAUAGAAGCAUAGAUGGCAGCAGUUUGGAAUGGGAUUUGUAUGUUUGGAAUGCUUUGGUUGCGCUGUAUGUCAAGUGCGAUGCAUUAGAGGUUGCAAGGAAUAUGUUUGACGGAAUGGCUAAGAGGGAUGUUGUUACUUGGAACUCCAUGAUUUCAGGGUAUGCAUCAAAGGGAAUGUGGGAGGAGGCUUUUCAAUUACUGGAGCGGAUGCCCAAGACAUCAGAAGUGAACACUGCUUGCUCUAGACUCGGGGCUGUGAGGGUGGGGAAGGAGAUUCAUGGAUUGGCCAUUCGCUUCCAUUGUGAAAAGCUUGAGAAUGUCAAGAAUGCUUUGAUCGCAAUGUAUUCUAGAUGUAAGAACACAGGUGAUGCUUACAUUAUGUUCCGAACAAGUGCAAUUUGCAGUUUAGUUACUUGGAAUGCCAUGUUGGCAGGAUUUGUGCACAUUGACCAAGCUGAGCAAGCUUGUUUACUUUUUCGAGAAAUGAUUGGUUGUAGGAUAUGGCCAAACUAUGUUACGGUCACAACUGUCCUUUCUCCUUGUGCCCAUCUUGCAAACAUCUGGCAUGUGCGAGAACUCCACUGUUAUGUUACAAAACUGGGGUUUGAGGGCUACCAGUCGUUAUGGAACUCUCUAGUUGACAUGUACUCAAAGUCUGGAAGGAUGGCAGCAGCCCAAAGAGUAUUCGACUUUAUGAAAGGCCGUGAUAAAAUCUCCAACACUUCAUUGAUUGCAGGUUAUGGAUUGCAAGGAAAGGGAAUCACUGCUUUGAAGCUUUUCAAUAAGAUGAUUGACUGUGGAAUUGAACCAGACCACAUAACCAUGGUGGCCGUCCUCUCAGCUUGCAGCCACUCUGGCCUUGUAAUCCAAGGGCAAAUGAUCUUUAGCAGGAUGGUUGGCUUAUAUCGCAUUGCAGCACGAGUGGAGCAUUGCUCUUGCAUGGUUGAUCUCUAUGGACGGGCAGGCCUGCUAAGGAAGGCAGAAGAGAUAAUUGAUCAAAUGCCACUCCAGCCAAGUGCUGCCAUGCUGGCUACACUUGUUGAGGCAUGUCGGGUACAUGGGAACAUAGAGAUCAGAGAAAGGCAUGCAAAGAAGCUCUUAGAGAUGAAGUCUGAUAAUCCCAGCCACUAUGUUUUGAUUGCCAAUAUGCACGCAUCUGCCAGGUGUUUGCAAGAGCUAGCUAAGCUCAGGAUACUGAUGAGGGAUAUGGGCAUUCGGAAAGCUCCAAGUUGUUCAUGGCUGGAUCUGGGGAAUAACUUAUAUCCUUUCCAGGUAGAUAUUACAUCAAAACAGCAGGUAAAUCGUAUCAGUUUCUUGUUGUGGGGGUUGGCUGAUCAAAUAAGGGAUGCUGGAUACUUUGGUAAUGAGGAGAUAUGGUUUGCUGAAGCAAUUGGGUAA